CGGUUACGGUUUAAUUUUAUAUCACGUGACCCCCGUGCAAGUGCCGUGUAGUAAAAGUUGUGCUAAAACCAUGGCGGACAAAGAUGAGGCUGAGAAGACGAUUGCCGAAGAUUUGGUUGUUACCAAAUAUAAGAUGGCUGGAGCCAUUGUGAACCAGGUUUUAAAACAGGUUUUGGACAAGUGCGUAGCUGGGGCUUCAGUGAGAGAAGCAUGUGAGUACGGAGACACGUUGCUGUUAGAAGAGACAAGCAAAGUCUUUAAAAAGGAGAAAGAUUUGAAGAAAGGUAUUGCCUUUCCAACGUGUAUAUCAGUGAACAACUGUAUCUGCCAUUUCUCGCCAAUAGCAAGUGAGCCAGAUCUCAUUUUGAAAGAGGACGAUGUAGUGAAAGUAGAUCUUGGGGCGCACGUCGACGGAUUCAUUGCAGUUGUUGCUCAUACUAUUGUCAUCGGAUCGUCCAGUGAAAAGAAAGUCACUGGAAGGAAAGCCGAUGUUGUUUUGGCUGCUCAUUAUGCAUCUCAGGCAGCCCUAAGGUUGUUGAAGCCAGGAACAGAGACGUACGCAAUAACGGGAACAGUGGAAAAAAUCUGUGGAGCUUAUAACUGCAAGCCUAUCGAAGGUAUGCUGAGCCACCAGCUGAAGCAAUUCAAAAUUGACGGUGAAAAGACAAUUAUACAAAAUCCGAAUGACGCCCAAAAAAAAGAACACGAGAAGUUUACUCUUGAAACUCACGAAGUAUACGCAAUGGAUGUGCUGGUGAGCACAGGGGAGGGUGUAGGUCGAGAACAAGAUACACGAGUGACAAUAUACAAGAAAACGGAAGAAACUUAUCAGCUGAAAUUGAAAACAUCCCGCGCGUUCUACAGCGAGGUGACUCACAAACAUGGUCUGAUGCCUUUUAACUUGCGAACUUUCGAAGACGAAAAGAAAGCUAAAAUGGCGGUUGUUGAAUGCGUUAAUCAUCGAUUAAUCGAGCCGUUCCAGGUUUUGUACGAGAAACCAAGUGAAUAUGCGGCGCAAUUCAAAUUCACAGUUUUGUUGAUGCCCAAUGGACCUCAUAAAAUAACGGGAAUUCCUUUCGAACUUGAGUCAUUCAAGUCGGAUUGCGUAGUUGACGAUCAAGAAUUAAAGACACUCUUGAAUUCCUCUGCGAAUCCGAAGGCCGGGAAAAAGAAGAAAAAGAAGGCGGAAAAAGCGGUUGGGGAAGUUACGAUGGAAGUGGACGCGAAGGCUUAACACAAGAAUGAACUGUUCUAUGAGUUAUUGACACUGUCGUGCACUGAAUCAACAAUCAUUUGGACCAUCGUAACGAUCGGAGCGACAUUGAUUUUUCGAAUGUUGCAUAAUAUCGGAGAAAAGACUUCCGGAGAAUUAACAUUUCCAUGGUUGGCCGUAAUUCAUUGUCGUUCAUAUUACAUUGUGUUCCUCUUUUGGAAAGUGUCGAAAUUUUUUCAAACCUCUAUCGAUCAUAUAAAACAACACAUGCAAAACUCUAUCAUCGAACUUUACUCAAUCACUUGUUUUUUUUUCUCACUUUUUUUAUCAUACCUUACUCGUUUAGCUGAUUGAAAUAGUAUUGAAUAAAAGAAAGAACAACCUGAAGCGUGUCCUUCGAUUAAAUAGUGCCGUAAAUUUAUGAAUUCAAUCGGAGAACUAGAAAUAAUAGCCAAGUAGUAUUUCUGUUACGCGUCAAAUUCCGGCUUUGUAUGUUCAACUGUCAUUUUUAGCCAAUGAUUUGCAUAUUUUUAAUGAUAAGAAAAGCGCAAAUGAAAUUAUGAUUAGAUCGCAAAUUCGUUACGCGUUUUAUCGGGAAAAAAAUCAUGAUUUGUUCAACUAACAAUCUGUCCAUAUUUUCUUAUAAACAGCAACGCCUAGUAAGAAAUUGUAAAAUUGAAACCAUAUCGAUCACGGAAGUAUUAGAUCGUCAAUUUGGAUCUAAUGAUCGAUAAUUAAUUUGCUAUUAAUUAAUUGUGCUCCAUCAGAAUUGAAUCAUCGAUGUAUUUCGUAAAUUGCAAACAUCUCGAAAAAAAUCAAUCAACUAUGAAUUAUCACAAAAUAUAGUUUUUUACUGAAACUUUAAUUGUAAUUUAAUCGUAAUGUGUACUUUUUAAUCGGUUUGAGCUCGUUGUUUCAUAUUGUAAUCGGUGUAUUUUUUACUAAUACAAAUGAGCUAUCUCGUGUUAUUGUACAGUUUUUGAAUGUGGACAUCAAAAAUUUCAUGAAAA